CUUCGUCCAUUUUUGGGCCGCAUUUCAUCCGUCUGAUGUUUUUUGGUCCGUAUCAAGUAAUCCAACGGAUUGGUCGUGGAGAGAGAAAACGGGGGGAAACACCGGCCGGUCAGAAUGACGGAGCUUUCGGCGAAUGGAUUAUCUCGAAAUUAAAGUUUGAUGCUCGGUAUUAGAUCCACGAAUGCUCUGCAAAACAAAUUUCCUCCCAUAAGCUUUCAACUCUCCUCUCCAACCUUGACUUUCCAUUUAAUGACCUCAGGUCUUCUAUACCUUCUUCUUCGCGACGUUGAGCAAUUGCAUGUCCAGCAUGACCGCUACGGAGGCCUUUCCGCUCCUUUCCACCACCGAUAAAUUGGCACCCUUAGGGGGACACGGCAAUGUCAAUACACCGCGAGUCCGCAGACGCUCGAGUGGACUCGGAGGAGAGAUCAGAGCAGGAGAUACAAGUGCACCAGCUUUAGCAACCUUGGACGUGAGGCCGCCCUCACCCGGCACCCUCAAAGCGCAAGCAGACAGAGACCGCAAGAAGCCCUUCUCCAAGCGGCGGAAAGCGAAGACCCUCUUCCAGCAAUGGAAGAGGUACGCUCUGAAACAUACCUGGGUUACUCCUCUCGUCCUCAUUGGCAUCUUCCUAGCCUUAUAUGCGAUCAAUCCCACCGAAUCGAAUCCUAUACACUACUUCAUCUUCCUAUCCUAUAAGAUACCCGCUGAUGCAGAUGCACCGGAAGGGACAGCUCUUCAAUAUGGAAAGGGACUCUGGGAUAUGGCAUUCGUGUCAUUCUAUGUUAUCGUCCUCUCCUUCACCCGCGAAUUCAUCAUGCAGAACUUGCUCCGACCUAUGGCAAAGCGAAGCGGGCUAAAGAGCAGAUCAAAACAGUCUCGAUUCAUGGAACAGAUGUAUACUGCUAUCUACUUCGGUUUUCUUGGACCAGUCGGGCUGUGGGUCAUGAGUCGGACUCCAGUCUGGUACUUCAACACCAGGGGAAUGUAUGAAGGAUUCCCGCACAAGACACACACCGCAGAUUUCAAGUUCUACUAUCUCUUCCAGGCGGCAUAUUGGGCUCAGCAAGCAAUUGUUCUGAUGCUGGGAAUGGAGAAGCCCAGAAAGGAUUACAAGGAGCUGGUUGGACACCACAUUGUGUCGCUGGCCCUCAUUGCCUUGAGCUACCGUUUCCACUUCACCUACAUGGGAAUCGCCGUCUUUAUUACCCACGACAUUAGCGAUUUCUUCCUCGCCACGUCCAAAACCCUGAACUACCUCGACCACCCACUCGUGGGCCCCUAUUUUGCAUUCUUCGUCUUCGCCUGGAUCUAUCUCCGACAUUACCUAAAUCUGCGAAUCCUCUGGUCCGAGUUUAACGAGUUCAAAACUGUCGGCCCGUACGAGCUCAAUUGGGAGACCGAACAAUACAAGUGCCAACUAUCACAUGUCAUAUCCACAGUCCUCCUCGCGAGUUUGCAGAGCCUGAACCUGUUCUGGCUCUGGGCUAUCCUCCGAAUUGCAUACCGAUUCGUGUUCCUCAACGUCGCAGAGGACGAUCGAAGCGAUAACGAUGAGAAGGAGUUUGAAGAGGAGCAGAGAUUAGAUGCUUUGGCUCGGGAGCAGGCCCAAAAGGCCGCCAACCCGAUGGUUUUGGUAAACGGCUCACCUGUCAACGGGAAUGGCAAGGCCUCCGGGCUGGAGACCCGAGCGAACGGAACGGCGGCGACGGCGAAUCGGAAGGAAAACAGGAGGAAAGCUUGAUUUAACAUAAACUCGGCAGCAUGGGUUUGUUUGGAUGGCGUGGGGGGCUCCCGGGCUCGGAGUCUUUGGAGGUGGGGGGUUCUUGGUUACCUCUUCUCUUUCAUGAGGCUGUAAUGAACGGGGUAUCGUGGGAGGUUCCCGCUCCGAAAAGGAGCAUGUGAAAGAAGGAAGGGUUGACACGAUGACUUAUGACGAUCGUUACAUUGUCCUUGGCUAUCCCGUGUAGGAUAUCGGCCUUGUGUGUAUUCAUGAGGUAUAUUGGGGAAGGAACCCAAACGGUCGUUCCACUUCUUGUAUUGAUUCUCAACCUGUAAAGAAACUAUAAUAAAUAAAGCACAGACCGAAACUACUCCCUCAACCAACAUUUUCUGCUGUGCAAUUUGAUCUACAAAGAACAUUACUACAUCCGAGUACAGUAUGACCUGAUCGUCUUACG